GGAGGAGAUUUUCUGAGGAGAUUUUUACCGUACUUCCCUCUACUGUAUGCCUCAGCUUGCAGCCUGCCACCCCUACCGGUAUCGUUACGCCCCUGUCUGUGGGUCUCUCUCACCCCACACAAACACCAGGGGGAUAGGGGAAAAGCUUCAGCAAGCAGCCUGCUACUGAGCCAGGAGAGAUCACCACUAUGUCUUAUUUUCGGGGUAUGGCUUAUAUUACACAACUGCUUAGAAAUCCUUCUACGGCUUAUUUUAUGGACCGACCGAGCAGGCAGCAGCCAACCGCACCAGCCGCCUCUAGAGAAGCCCGGUGGGCGGCUGCCGCGAGCAGCAGGAAGCGGGGGAAAGGGAGGGCGCCGGGUGGCUCUGCGCGGCUGGAUCAGGACCGGGUUGUUCGCCUUCGCCUCCCUCUGCCUUCCCACUCGCCCUGCCCACCGCUCCGAGGGCGCCCCGUGUGUGCAACUGCUCAGCCGCCACGACGGAUGUUUCGGGGGCAUUCUUUCGGCCAGGAACCCAGGCAGCAGCAGCUCUGCCUCGAAUCCACCGCGAGCGGAGGAACUAGGAAGCGCCUCUCCUCGCUCUCGCUGCUGCAGCAGCGCUCAACGUGGGAUUUCUCGUCCGUGGGCAGCAGCAGCGACAGCGGUGGCGGCCUCUCCCGCCACCGGAGAUUAGAAAAUGGCUCCCCACUGCUGCCGCCAACUUGGAAACAGCCGCACGGUCGGGCUGUCCCUCUGGCCUGCCUUGCUCUCUGCGCCUCCUCCUCCCUCCCUCCCUCCCCCGCACGGCGCUUCUCGCUCUCCCUGCAGCCCACCGCCAGCUCUCCGCUCCCCUGCCCCGACUUUACUCCAGGCAGCACAGCAAGGAAGUGGGGCAAGUUCUCUCCUCCAGAGUAUGGGGACCAGGAUUAGAACUCCAGCAAGGAAGAGGUCUUGAGUGAGAGCAGAAGGAGGGCCAGAAGAGGGAACCCCUCUGACGCAAGACCCAUUCCAAGCAGGCUACCACCGAAGAAGGGUUGAAUAGCCACCCAGUCUUGCCGCCUCUUCGAUGCAGCUGUGCUGUCAUGGCAAUGGCCCGAGUUGCAAGGACGUCUGGGCUUUUCCUUUAUAUACAUAUAUUUAAAAAACACCACCUUGGCGGCGGUAGGGGGGGUGUUUCUUUGAAUUGCGGGCAACAUUGCAUGCAGAGUGGGAGGGCGUGUGGGACCAAGUGACCGGCGGCUGGGCUGGUUUUGCCUUGGGCAGACCGACAAAGUGCUACGUAUUGUCAAUCUAGGGAGGGUGGAGGGAUUGCAAGUCGCCCUCCUCUUCUGGAAGAGCUUUUAUUGCUUUUUGAGGUCCCGUCUUCAAUGGCCUCCCCCCUCCCCCUGCCCUUGCCUUUUGUUUUUGUUCAAUAAAUUGUUUUAAAAACUUGUUUUCUA